CGGGCGCGAGGCCUUCCUUUCCUUGUUCUGCCUCAGGCCGGAGCGCACAAGGUGCUGCGUCCUUCCGACGAAGCUAAGGCCGAGUUUCCAGCCGGCGACCAGCACCGCGCCCUCUUCUUCCCCUUUCCGGACCCGCCAUGGCCUCCGUCUCCGAGCUCGCCUGCAUCUACUCCGCUCUCAUCCUCCACGACGACGAGGUCGCCAUCACGGAGGACAAGAUCAAUGCUCUUAUCAAAGCAGCAGGAGUCAAUGUGGAACCUUUCUGGCCAGGCCUGUUCGCAAAGGCCUUGGCCAACAUCGACAUUGGGAGUCUCAUCUGCAACGUAGGAGUCGGCGGUGGGGCCCCGGCUGCUGCGGCCCCUGCGGGCGGAGGGGCCCCGGCUGGCGGUGCUGCUCCUGCCGAGGAAAAGAAAGAGGAAGAGAAAAAGGAAGAGUCGGAAGAAUCUGAUGACGACAUGGGUUUUGGUCUCUUUGACUAAGCCAGCUUUUGUACUCUAACAAAAUACAAAAGUGUAAAUAAAAUCUGACUUUUGAAA